AUGACGUCCCCCUCAACCCGCCGCCUCCUAAAAGAAAGCACAGAUCUUUAUAAAAACCCAAGUCCUUACUUCACCGCAAGCCCAGUUACAGACGACAACCUCCACGACUGGCACUUCACUCUGGUAGGCCCACCAGCACCAUCGCCCUACAGCCAAGGCCUCUACCACGGCCGCAUAACCUUCCCACCAGCAUACCCGCUGCGCCCACCAUCCUUCCGCUUCCUCACUCCAUCCGGCCGCUUCGAAGUCAACCGCGAGAUCUGUCUCAGUAUCUCGGGCCACCACGAGGAAACAUGGCAGCCGGCUUGGGGCGUGCGCACUGCCCUUCUCGCUAUCCGGAGUGAAAUUAUGGGUUCUGAGAGUCAGGGACAGGUUGGAGGGAUGGAGGGGAGUCCGGCUGUUAGGAGGGAGUUUGCGAAACUUUCGACGCGGUGGGUAUGUCGUGAGUGUGGGGUUGGGAAUUUGGAGGGCAUGAAAGCGUGGUGGGGGGUUUGUCGAGACCGGGGGGUUGAGGUUGAUGUUGAGACUGAGGGGGCUAAAGUAGGAGAUGGAGAGGGUGAGGGCGAGAAGAAGGCGGAGGAGCAGAAGGAGGACGAGGGUGAAGCUCCAAAUCAGAGUGAUGCUUCGGCGCAGGCGCCAGCUCAACCUUCUUGUCCAACCGAGGAUACUCUAAUUGCCCCAUCGGCUCCGACCCUUGCUGCGGCCGUCCCGGCCACGGUGCCUGCGCAAGCAUCCGCAUCCGCACCCGCAUCGCCGAGACCUGCAGUUGCAGCUGGAUCUGGGGCUCCUGCAUCUGUGCCUGCAUCUACCCGCACGAUUCCUGUUCGGCAAAUACCCUUGGAUCAGGAGUCUUCCGAGGGCGUCUGGCUAGACCGGGCCAUUGUCGGUGUUGUUAUUGCUCUCAUCAUAUUGAUCUUGCGACGAGUCGCCAACGUCGAUGAUCUAUGA